AUGGACUGCGGUUACUGCUUUAAUUGGUAUACCAACUGGUGUAAAGGUAAUUUUGUGAAUAUCUAUGCCAACCACAGGAUCUGUUGGUUUAAGGGAUCCUGUAGUUUGAUGAAUUAUUUCACUUAUUGUGUUGUUUACACUGGGGGGAAUAACUGGAAUGGUGUUAUCUGUUUCAAGUUUGGAUAUUAG